CCAAAGAGAGAAGAAACCAGCAGAGAUCUACCUACGCACAGCAGGCAGCAAGGCACAGACUCCCCCUUUCUCACUGACACUCAACAGAGGGAACACAGGAGGUCAAAAGAUGAAAGGCACCCACUCUUUCGCUGGACUUCUGCUCUUGAUCAUUGUUCAGAGCAGCUUGCAAAUCCCGCAGGAGGACACAGAGGACAACUCCAGCCUAUUGACAGAGGACUCUAUGUUCAGCGAGCCAAGGGAGCUUUCAAACACGAAGAGACAUUCAGAGGGAACAUUCUCUAACGACUACAGUAAAUAUCUCGAGUCGAGACGAGUGCAAGACUUUGUCCAGUGGCUAAUGAACUCCAAGAGAAGUGGGGGUCCCAUCAAACGACAUGCAGAGGGUACCUACACCAGCGACGUGAGCUCCUACCUGCAGGACCAGGCAGCCAAGGAGUUUGUGUCCUGGCUGAAGAAUGGCCGAGGCAGACGAGAAUAGGGCUCCUCUACUCAGCCCCAGAGUCCUAGUGUCUUAUUACUCAGUCACAGAGUCCCAGUGUCUUAUUACUCAGCCACAGAGUCCCAGUGUCUUAUUACUCAGCCACGGAGUCCCAGUGUCUUAUUACUCAGUCACAGAGUCCCAGUGUCUUAUUACUCAGCCACAGAGUCCCAGUGUCUUAUUACUCAGCCACAGAGUCCCAGUGUCUUAUUACUCAGUCACAGAGUCCCAGUGUCUUAUUACUCAGCCACAGAGUCCCGGUGUCUUAUUACUCAGUCACAGAGUCCCAGUGUCUUAUUACUCAGUCACAGAGUCCCAGUGUCUUAUGUCUUACGAGCCCCCAGUCAAGAGAGAAUGCAACUCAUCCAGAAUGACCCCCCUGUUCCAUUUCCUGUUUUAUAACCUGUAUCCUCCUUCCUCU